AAAAGAAAUUGGAGGAUAAGAUAAAGAUAGGAGAACGCAAAUGGCAGCUAGCGAUGAAGCAGAGGCUGGUAGGACCGACUAUAGAGUCGAAGAAGAGGAGAGAGCUCCCAAGGUUGUGACUGUCAUGAAGACGGAGCAUGGUUUUGGAUUUAACGUACGCGGACAGGUAGCCGAGGGAGGACAGCUAAAGUCCAUAGGAGGCCAGCUUUAUGCUCCAAUGCAGUACAUUAGCGCCAUCAUGAAGGACGGGCCAGCCGAGAAGGCAGGGCUGAAGGUUGGAGACAGGAUAAUUGAUGUCAACGGUCAAGCGGUUGAAGGUGCCGAUCACGCAACAGUGGUACAGCUGAUCAGACAGAGCGGGAAGAAGGUUCAAAUGACAAUCAUAUCAGUCUCAGAGGAAGAGGCAAGGAGACUGGAGCCUGAUACGUCCAAUAAUGGUCCAGGGGUGGAGUAUUACGAGAGAAGGUCUGUACCUGUCUCUGUUCCUGAUACUGAGAAGCUGGUUGAGAAUGGAAAAGAAUAUGUGGUUUAUAAUAUACACAUGGCCGGUAAAAAGGUGACAUCACACAGGUACAGAGAAUUUGAUGCUCUCAAUAACAAUCUAAAGAGACAAUUCUCAGACUUUAUCUUUCCAAAAUUACCCGGGAAAUGGCCUUUUGCACUUAAUGAUGUUCAGAUUGAUGGCAGACGAAGAGGCCUGGAGGAUUUCCUGGAUAAAGUCUGCUCUGCUAAGGUUAUAUACGAGAGUGACCUCAUGCAGGAUUUCCUGUGCCUUCAAGACUCUACACCAGCCACUGAGCCCUCUCCCUCUCUAAAGAAAGCAAACCCACUUCCUCCUGACACUGUCAAAGUGACUGUUCAACUACCUAACGAUGCUCAAAAAACUUAUUCCAUACCUGAAAACUCACGCACACCCGACCUGCUUGAUGUUGUUAUGAAAGAUUUAGGUAUUGAUAGAAAAUGGAGGAAAUAUUUUGGCCUUUUUACAUGUAAACAAGACAAAUUUAUGAUGAAACUAGCUGACUCUGAGCAACCUUAUCAAGUCUAUCUACAAAUCAAGGAUGACCUCACUACAUCAGAGACUAGUUUCUAUCUUAGGAAGUGGUUGUUCUUCAGUGCCUUUGAGGCAGAGCUAGAAGGAGACGACUCGGUCUGUGACUUGCUCUACCAGCAGGCAGUGAGUGACAUGGGCUCUGGGUUGAUUGACGUUGGAUCUGAUGAUGCUAAUUUGAGGAUGCUCAAAGCGCAAGGGAAGAAGAAAAAAUUUUUAGAAUCUCUACGGAAGAUAUCUAGUUACAAUAAUGUGUUGUUUCCUCAUUGCAAGUGUGACGCUCGUAAAACUGGUCAUGUGAUCAUGUCGGUCGGCUCUGGUGGCAUAGGUCUGAAGGCCUGCUCUGACGAAGGAGUGAAGGAAGAUAAACAAGAGCAUUUCUUUUCGUGGGACAUGGUGAACAAGUUUGAAGCAGAUGUCGAAGAGCAAGCAUUCACUUUCCAAUAUACAAGAGAGGGUAAAGAGCCACGCUGGAUCAGAGUCUACUCUCCUUACUAUUUAUACAUGGAAAGAUGUGUGGAGAGAGUGAAGGAGGAGCUCAAGUGGAAAAAGCCUGAUGUAUCCACUGGAUUUAUGAAUGAUGAUGAUGAUGAUGAUAAUGAUUUGUAAACUUUAUACUAGCUACAUUGAUUGUUUAUAGAGUAAAAUAUUGUUACUAUUAUUAUUAUUGUUGUUAUUUCUUGUGAAUGUUGUUUUGUUAUAAUUUUGAUCCUAAUGAAAAUGGUGUUUUUUGCUGUCUUCGGAUUAUUUUAUUUAUAAAAAGAUAAAUUUUGGCAAAAUAAA